AUGGUGGCCAAGCAGGCCGUGCAGGGAAACCUCCAGCGGGACAGAGGCCUCCGAGCCGUGCUCGAGACGAUCUGCGGCCUGGCCGUGCUCUUCAAGCUCUCGCCCCGCCUCGCCUGGGUGUUCGGACUGGUCAUCCCUUUCGCCGCGUGGAGCUUGGCAGAGGCCCGCAAGAAGCUGAUGCUGCUGGGGCAGGAGGAGGGGAAAUCUCUGGGGGUCGAGGCCUCCAUCGCAUCGGAGGCCGUUCGCAACAUCCGGGAAGUCCGCGGGUUCGGGGCGGAGGCUAGAGAACUGGCAAGGUUCAAGACGGCUUCACAGGGAACAGCGGUAACGUCCGUCAAGAUAGGGGCGGCCUCUGGCCGGCUAGAGGCCCUCAAUCGCGCCGCCAUAUACAUGAGCAUCCUGGCCGUGAUGAUGGUCGGAGGGCGGCUUGUGCUGGCCGGGUCGAUGCAGGCGUCGCUGCUGCUGUCUUUCGUCGGGUUCUGCUUCAGCCUGAACUUCGCCAUGCAGGGGGUCAACUUCACCGUGGCGGACGCGAAGAGGGGCCAGGCAGCGCUGGAGCGGGUGUUCAAGGUCAUGUCCCCUGCGGGAUCGAAAGGCCUCAACCUUGGCGUGGACGUCAUAUCUCCCCGGGACUUCGAGGGCAAGGUGGACUUCCGGAAGGUUCACUUCACGUACCCUACUCGCCCCGACAUGCACGUGCUGUCGGGCCUGGAUCUGACGCUCCGGGCGGGGGAAGUCACGGCGCUGGUGGGCAACAGCGGCGGGGGCAAGAGCACGAUCGCGGCCCUGCUGAGCCGCUUCUACCCGCCAAGCCGGGGGGAGAUCUUGGUUGACGGGGUGGACGUGACGGACUUGGACAGGAGGUGGCUCACGCAGAGGAUAGCCUUGGUGGGACAAAACCCCGCGCUAUUCACGGGGACCAUCGCGCAGAACAUCGCGUACGGGGCGGCGGCGGCAGCGGCGGCGGCGACGGCUAAAGGAAACGGGGGAGCUCCGGCGGAGGGGGCUGGGGAGUUGGGAGGCGGCGUUACGAUGGAUAAGGUUGUGCAGGCGGCGGAGCUUGCCAACGCGAAGGACUUCAUCGAGGAGUUCCCCGAUGGGUUCGAAACUUUCGUCGGAGAGGGGGGGGUGCAGCUCUCCGGCGGUCAGCGGCAGAGGAUCGCUAUCGCACGCGCGGUGCUCAAGGACGCGCGUAUACUGAUUCUGGACGAGGCGACGAGCGCGUUGGACGCGCACAGCGAAGCCCUCGUUCAGGAGGCGCUGUCUCGCCUAACCAAAGGCCGGACGGUGCUGGUCAUAGCGCAUCGGCUGUCGACGGUGGUCAACGCGGACAAGAUCUGCGUCUUGAGUCAGGGCAAGGUGAUAGAGGAAGGGAAGCACGAUGAGCUGCUCGAACGGAAGGGGGCCUACUACAACCUCAUGAGCACGUUGUUCGAUUGAUUGGUGGCGAACCGGAGGGAAAAGGAGGAGAAAGCGGGGGAGGCAGAGAACGAGGAUACAUUAAUUUCCCUGCUCUUGCGAGCCUGACGCCGCGGAGUGAUGUUUAGCUCGUUUUUUUCUUUACUCUUUUUUCCACGCGUCAGUUUUGCAUUUGUCGAUUCCGAUAAAUCAACUAAAGCACUUUUUUUUGUCGGUGGUCUCGACUAUUUUGUAUACGCGGUUUUCAGGGUCCGUGUGUUGUGUUGGCGGGUCGUUGAAGUUCACCGCGUAUGUCUGUCUGUCUGUCUGUCUGUCUGUCUGUCUGUCUGUCUGUCCACUUGCUUGGUGUCAUUUGUUCAGAAAGAGCGAGAGGGAGUGAGCAACACUCGUGCGAGAGAGUGGAAUGGAUGGGUGUUUUGGUCGGCAUGGCACUUUUUUUACUCCAGCGUGGUUAACUCUUCUUCUUACGUCCAUAGUCCAAGUCUGGAGCAUACAAUUAACGUAUGGGAUUGUGUUCACACGCAGAGAGAGAGUUGCUCUCAACCCGGUACAGUAGGCUACCGCUUUGUGUGUGUAUCCCCCGCCCCCCUUGUAUCUCUCCCAGCAGAAUUUCCUCACGUGUGUUGAACUGACCCUCCCCCUUCUGGCACGGGGUGAUCUAUCCCUAAACGCCACGACCCGUUGUGAAUCAAAGGAAGGCGCGCUGUGCUGUCAAGCGUCACCUAUGCCCUGUUUUGGUCUCACGAUCUUGCUCGCACGCGCCCCAGGGUAUAUAUACGUACUUUGUUCCGGGGCGAAAAGGUGUGAUUUUGUGUCUGUUUUUCGUUAUUUUCCGACCGUUGCUUGCCGCAGGGAGGGUCGAUCGUGUUGUUUUUUUAAUCUUUCCUCGUCGGCACGGUGUAUGAACUCUAAAUAUGUGGGUCGCGGACUUCUCCCCCCCUCCGCAGUAGGAUCGAUGAUGGGUGUGACACGGGGUGAUGAUCUGCUUGUAGCGAAACCCCUUGUGUUCCUUGCCGGCGACGACAUUUUUUUUUUUUUUUAAUGCGCGAAUGAUCGAAGGACCCCGAAGGAAAAGAGUCGCUGUGACGAUGAGGCAAAAGUGUCGAUGGAGCAGAGCGUGAACUGAGUCAGCCACCCCUAUUAUUUUCGGACAAGGAAGAAGACUUGAGCCGGCG